AGUUUGCAGGGCAAAAUGAAUAGGGAGUCUCGAAAUCAGGCUAUGGUGAGCUGGAGGAUGAGUCCUGAUCGAUUGCCACACCAGGUGUUUUUGACAGUAACGAGUGAUGCCUGGGAAACCAAAGGACAGCACAACACAGUCAGCAAACCAUUGAUCACGAAAGGCUUACCGGCUGGAGAUGCAACCAGGAACAGUAAGAUAAAGAAUACUUCACCCAAGGUGAGGAGGAUCCAGACUAGAUCGCAGGCUUGCAGUUUUAGCAUGUUUGAUAAGUCACAUUUUGAGGAGGUCUCGCAUCGAGAUUGUGCAACUAAAUUAAAGAACCUCUCUUUGGGCCAGAAGGACAGGAAUUCGAAGAAGAUUACCAGAAACGUGUCGAACCCAGGCAGGAAGGGCACGUCUCUACUCCGACCAAACAGCUCUGUUCAGAAGAAGGAGAUGAGCGACUAUUCGACUGAGAGUUGUCCGAGGAACGCCAAGUCCGCGUCGAGUUUGAAGCAGCUGCCGAGAUCGUCGGCCUCCUUCAGGAAGCUGCUGAAGGUCUCCAUGGCAGCCAGAGAGUCUCCCUCCAAUCUCCGACCGGUUACGCCGACCGUGCCGGUGGACUGCUCGCUGCUGGGUGACCCAGCGUUGGACACAGAUGGGUCCAACCAGCAGCCGAGCACCUAUUGCCAUAACGCCGUCGGCUGCUCUCCUACAAACCCACUGCUGCAGAGCUUUGAAUUACCAGUAGCUGCCCCGGAUGAGGACAGCGCCAGUGAUCUCUCUGAUUCUGAGAGAAUUCCUUUGGUCUCCAGCCCUCGCAGACCUCCGGACCUGAACCUGCGGGCCGAAGUGAUCACCCCGGCUGAGCUGACUCAGACUUGCGGCUGUGUGGGGUUUAGCUACCCGGAUUUCCUGCCCGAGCCGUAUGCCAGCUGGAACCUGCGCGAGCUCUCGCUGCUGGUCCACAGCAGCAGCAACGCGAGGAGCCCUGUCACUGCCCGGCCCCUGGGGCUUUUGGAGAGCUUUGUGGGCCGACUCCUCGAGCUGGAAUGGCUGCAGCUGAAGUCGGAGCAGGCAGAGAGGAGCAGGUUCACCCGGCCGCGCUCCAACACUGCUGCUGGGAGCUGUAACCCCACUCGCCAUCCCGGGAGAGGCAGGAAAGCCUGCCUGAUGGUUAACAGGGGCCCCAGCAGCCCAGGGGAUCCAGCCAUUGGACUGAUGGGCAGUGCUGCCAAUACCUGCAGUCACUGCUGGUUACAGUACCCCUACUGCAAUGGCACCUGCCGCCCCUCGGCAUUCCAAAACUUCUCCCGCAAUGCCAGCGCAAAGCCGCGUGGCACGGACUCCCAGCUGGGAGGGGGUGGUCCGCCCAGAGCAAGGGCCGUCCUCAGCCCCAAGGAGGUGGCGCUUGGAAAGGGACCUUCAGAAACCACCCGCUUGGGCUGCAGCUCGGCAGCGAAAGGGCGGAAACAGCCCCCACACGUGCAGCGAUGCCCUCCUCCCUGCUCAUGGCACAGCUCCUCUGCCUCCCUCAGAAGACUGUGUAUGAUCCAUCAGGGGGGAGUGGGGAUCAGAGAGCAGAGCUUUGUGGGGGAGGAAGAUUUCAUUUUGGAUGACAAGUCCCAGAGGAUUAGUAACUCUGUUGGAAAGGGGAAGCGACUGCAUAGACGCCCGAAAUAGAGGAGAGGUGCUGAUGGGGAUGGGGAGAGGCUGGAGCUCUCAACACCAGCAGCAUUUAUUGUUUUAGAUGUGGCAUCUUCUUCAAUCUCCUUUUUUAUAUUAAACCACUAUCCCCCUGUACGCGUCACCGUCUCUUCCCCCAUACCCUGCAUGUGAACUGCACUCCCACAUGCAUCUCUGACCUCCCCCUACAUGGGCUACUCAGUGUAGCACUUGCCACUAUCCCCUGGCACAGUUCAAUGGCCGGCUGUCAAUGCACAUUCCUCGACCCAAGACGAGGUGCUGCCAUGUCACAAGGUAUCGCCUCCUGUUGUAUAUUCCCAACUUCCCCAAGCUGUUUGCUUGGUGGCUGUGCAAUGUGCAGGAGUGUAGUUUGGUCACUCUGCAUCAGGACUGUUGCAGGACGUUGUGGAUGGAGCAGGGUACAUUAGCAAGCUGCAGUCAGACCACUGAAUGAAUGAAUGAAUGAAUAUGCAGACAAGAUGUGGAUUCCGAAUGCCUGGAGAGGAUGAAGUUGUUCAUGGAUGCUGGGCGCAGACAAAGCACUGUACACAGAGACUGAUCUCUUCAAUCUCCACCUCUUCAACACUGCAUUGGCAAUGUUUCUUGAAAUGGUGUAAUUUGUGUGUUAUUUCUUGAGCUUUCCCAGCCCCUACACUUCAGGACGCAAGUGAAGAUUGAGAAUGGAUGUGGCUGCCUUGCUGUUUGUUAGUAUUUUAUAAAUUUCAUUCAUGUUUGCUCCUAUUAAUAAAAAGUGAUUCCAGACAAACCUGCCCGAUGGCUGCUCUACAUCUCAAAGUCUACAACAGUUUCUGUAGUUGUCAACAAAUCUAAAACCUGAUUGGACAUGCUCAGGACAAGGAAAUAAAGAUAUUGCAGUGUAAAAAUAAAAUGA